AUGUUCCGCGCAUCUUCUCUCUGGCGUGGUGUGAGUCCCUUCACACUUUUUCUCAUGGACCAAAAGAACAAUCCCGCAUUGAAAGGAUGUGCCAUCUCCAAGCGGGGCCGUAUUCUCUCCAAGAUGUAUAAGGAACUCUCACAGAAUCAACGGCGGGAACUCAAACAACGCGCCGCCCGACAUCCAUCACUUGCGCGACAAACACGACAAGAACGACUCACCGCCGCAAGUGCCGCAAAGGGCAAACGAAAGGGAGAAUUUGCCCGAUUUGUGCGGGAUAAUUAUCAUAAAGUGCGAGAACUGAAUUACCGCAAGCGAUUUUCAGCACUUUCGCAAUUAUAUGAUGUAUCAAAGCCUCUAGAGAUUGAGAAGGAACUGGAAAAACUUCUACCAAAGAUGAGAGAAAAAGUAAAGGCCACCGUCAAGCAAACAGUGGCCGCAGAGAAGAAGUCAAAAGGGACUACAAAAACAAAAACACCCAAAAGCGGAAAGAAGAAAAUCAAGGAGGUCGCCAAGAAGGUGAAACAUGCCCUUUAG